AUGUAUUUGGCACCGAAGCUUCUUCAGAUGAAAAGCUUAUGGUUACGCUACAAUUCCAUUGUCUUCCACGAAGAACAUCUUUCUCAGCAGAAGAACCGCGGCUCUGAAGACAGCCUUUACUACCAGCUUGAGAACUGCCCCCAGUAUAUCGCUGUGAGCGUCAGCUUGCCAUCUGGCUGCCCUGUAGAGACUGGCCACACCCUUAGAUUCUAUAUGAAGGCGAACGAGGUGUCUAAUUUUAUCGCAACAAUUCAGCUACAGUGGGUACUUACACAGAUUGCGUCAAUAUCGGCGUUCGCGGGGAUUUUGGAAUUGCAGAGCGAUGAGGGCUCGGAUCUUGAUAAAUGGCUCCAGUCUCAAAUAUAA